AACCCAACGCUUUGCGAUAAGUGCGACAGAGCCGACGUAAUCGAUCAUUUGCUUCAAUUUUCGAUUUAUCUCUUCUACCGUAAAGCACACUAUAAAUUUCCUCGAGUGAUUUUUCAAGAAUGUCUCGGGUUUAUAUCGGGAAUUUGGACCCUCGGGUCACUGAGAGGGAUCUCGAAGACGAGUUUAGGAUUUUCGGCGUUCUCCACAAUGUUUGGGUAGCUCGAAGGCCACCAGGAUAUGCGUUUAUUGAGUUUGAUGACCGCAGGGAUGCUUUGGACGCAAUCCGUGAGUUUGAUGGCAAGAAUGGUUGGCGUGUGGAACUUUCUCAUAACUCUAAAGGCGGUGGAGGCCGUGGUGGACGUCGUGGUGGUGGUGGGGGUGAGAAUUUGAAGUGUUAUGAGUGUGGUGAACCUGGUCACUUUGCUCGUGAAUGCCGCUCACGGGGCAUGGGGAAUGGGCGACGUAGGAGCCCCAAUCCUCGUCGCCGUAGUAGCCCAAGUUAUGGAUAUGGUCGCAGGAGCUACAGUCCACCUGGGAAAAGAUCACCUCGGCGACGGAGCAUAUCACCUCGUCGUGGUCGCAGCUACAGCAGGUCACCUCCAUAUCGUCGUGCUCGUUAUGAUUCACCUUAUGCUAAUGGAGAUUAAACUGGGACCUGGAUUGAGCAAAUCUGGAAUGAUAUCUAGGGACAAGAUUAUGUAAUACUGUAGUAUUAGUAGUUUCUGUGAGCAGAAGAGAUUUAUUUUAUGUUCGAUUCGUGACAAUGGGGUCGUUAAAACUUAUGGUCUUGCGUGGCUUCCACUCUGCAAAGUGUUUUCAGCCUCCAAAAUGGGUGCCUUGGACACCAUUCUGUGAUGGCUUGCUGUAAGCAGCACAUGAAACUGGGAAGUCCCUUUCUUGCUUCAUAUUGUUAUCUACUUCUAUUUCUCUGUUACCUUUUUAUGUAAGUUAGUUAUUAUGGUAAGUUUGUCUUUUUGUGAU